CUUCAAACACUUAAACAAGUUAGAGAAUCUUGGAGUAAACGUAUAGCUAAACCUGUUAAGCAAUAUUCAAAAACAACAUUUUAUAGACAUGCAAAAAAUUUUGUAACAAUAAUCGAGAAUAAUUUCAUUCAAAGCACAAAAUCAAAUUUUCAUAAUCAAGAUCUUGUUAAAUUAAAAUCAGUAAAAUAUGUUGUCAAUAAUCAAAAUUAUUUUUCAAUUUUGAAGAGGACCUUGCAUAAAAAAGAACUAAAUAUAAAUUAUCAUCUACCCCGUGAAUAUAUUAUCACAAAUGAACGAAAUGACCUAACCCAAAGAAUGACUAAAGACAUUCCUAUCAAACUUGUUAAUAUAAAUACAAUGAUAACAGAUAAAGAAUUUGAUAAUAUAGUUGAAGAACCUGAUAAUGAAUCUAAUAAUUUAGAUUCUAAA